AUGAGCUCUGUCUGGGGCCUGGCUGUGCCGCUCCUUGUCUUCUACUGGAAGGUUGGAGUCAGUGUGAGCUCAGGUCUCGGCAUUAGCAGAUCCAUUCCUUUGGUGACAACCAACAGCACGGAAGUGCCCACCUUCCCUCAAAGGGACAGACCCAGCUCAGAGCGAGCUUUCCAGACCACCAACCUGACUCAGUAUGUUCCUCUAGACACGAAAACUCUUGGCACUGAAACUGCUCCUAACACCUUAAUUGCAACCAGUGCCAAUUCAGAACUCAAUUCCAGGAACACCCAGACCACCUCUUUUGUAACAAAGACCAGGAAGACACAUCCUACUACUCUUGCAGCACCAUUCCUUGAGACCCAGACCAUCUCUUCUAAUGUGUCAACCCUAAAUAUUCAGACCACUUCCCCAACAGCAUCGUCCCUGGAUUCCCAGACCACUUUCCCUGCACCAUCAUCAUCUCUGACCACUUCCCCUGCACCAUCAUCCCUGACCACUUCGACCACUUCCCCUGCACCACCAUCCUUGACCACUUCCCCUGCACCAUCAUCAUCCCUGACCACUUCCCCUGCACCAUCAUCAUCCCUGACCACUUCCCCUGCACCAUCAUCAUCCCUGACCACUUCCCCUGCACCAUCAUCUCUGACCACUUCCCCUGCACCACCAUUCCUGGGGAACCAGACCGUCUCGCCUGUUGAAUUGACCCUAAAGACCCAGACCAUUCCCUCUGUAACAGAGGCCAGAACUCUUUCGAUAAGAAUACCUUCCAACUUCAUGGUUGUGCACACCAUCCCUACAGGGACAUUGGCACCAAGUGACAGCCCCAGAGCUGGGAUGAGCACUGUCAAAGCUGGCACAGUGAGUGACCCCAUAGAAGCCGUCCUUGACACCCUUUGUACUGAUGACAGCUCUGAGGAGACAAGGAAGAUCACAGUUGACCUCCUGACUUUGGCAUACCCCUCCAUGGGAGUGGAGCAUCUGUCUUCAGAGAGCAGCUCCUCCUCUGACAGCUCAGCUGGGGUCCUCAGCAGCUCUCAGGCCCUGGGACCCGACAGUACAACUCCAGCCAAGGACUCAGUUGCCUUCAGCAUCUCCCAUAUUAAGCUCACCACCUGCAUCACGGAAAUAGAAACAACCAUCACCAUCUCUGGGACCCCAGACGCGAGCCGCAGCCCUGCAGAAGCAAUGACAGCCUUAUCUGCUUCUGAGAUGUUAACUUUGCCUCCGUCCACUGAGGCAAAGCCAGUUGUCCCUAAGACCACAAGCUCAUCUGGGAUCCUGUCAACUGCCACUACCCUGGCCCUUGCCACCACCCUUGAGGGUACACUCCCUGCUAGUGGAAUCACAGAAAGCGAAAUAGCAGUGGCCCAGACUCCUACCUCCAGUGGAACUUUGGCUACAGGAGGAACCCAGGUGACAGUUAGAAGGAACCCAUUGGAAGACACUUCAGCACUCUCUAGUGAGACACAAAGCCACACUGAGGUUUUGGGUACCAUCACAGUCCCCACGGUUGCUGGAUCAACAGUAGGAGAAGCAACCUCUCUUGUGAGUUCCACAGCUCUAGACAGCAGUCUCUCAGCAGUGGUCACCACCAAGGGUUCUGCUUCCUCAGAGACUUUAACCACAGACAAUACAACCAACAGCUCCUUCCUCACAGGGAGUCGCCCUCCUUCUUUAAUCUAUUCGACAACAGCUAGCACCAGUGAAAGAGCAAACAUCACUUUAACCAAGACCACAGCCUCACCGAAGCCCUCGAUGAAUCCCGCACCCACUGCUUGGACAAGGAAAACCACAGAGCACGAUCCAGGUAAAAAUGGAGGCUUCCUCCUUGUACGGCUGACCGUGACCUCCCCUAAGGACCUCACUGAGCACAUCUCCAGAGAGAAGCUGAUGCACCAGCUCCGCCGUGAACUGCACACCCACAUGCCACUUGUCCAAGUGUCCUUACUGAGCAUCAGGAGGAGCUGAAGAAUGCAAGUUGCAACCAGGCAUGGCCCCCAUGUCAGAAGAAGUGAUGGCACCCGUGGCCAAGAUGCUACCAACAGACCAAGGCCACGGUUCUGUGCUAUGGACUCAGAAGGUUCCCAUGAAGCUCAGCUGGCUGGAGAGCCCUCCUCCAUACCUGACCACAAGACGUUGGUCCACUUAUGCCUGAGUGUAUGUGCACGGGGAGAGGCUGGCCUGUUUCCAGUGACGGCCUUCACCUCCUCUGACUGGUUAUUGUAUUUCAGUAAAGGGAGACCUGAUCACUCA